AUGAAAUCCAACAGGAAAAUGUGCAGGAGAUGCAAAGGCUCGACCACAGAGACUCGGCCACACAGCUUCUCAGUCUCCUACGAUCGGUUUGUGGCCAUUUGCUGCCCUUUACGCUAUCCCGUUCUCAUGAGCCCCAGGCUUUGUCUCCUCCUGGUGGUGGUCUCCUGGUUGCUCGGAGCGACAGAUGGCUUGGUGCAGGCGGGGGUCACCAUGAGCUAUCGCUUCUGCCGUUCCCGAGAAGUCAACCAUUUUUUCUGUGAAGCCCCUGCUCUGGUGCGCUUGGCCUGCGAUGACACUACGGUCUUUGAGUCUGUCAUGUACGUCUGCUGCAUCGUGAUGCUGCUGAUCCCUUUCUCUGUCCUCAUGGGCUCUUACGGCCUCAUUCUGGGGACGAUACUCCGUAUGAGGUCGAUAGAAGCCAAGAAGAAGACCUUCACCACCUGCUCCUCUCAUCUCAGCGUUGUCGGCCUCUUCUACGGGACCACCAUCUAUAUCUACAUGAGGCCCAGUUCUUAUGACUCAACUGACUAUGACAAGGUGGUUUCAGCUUUCUACACUAUUCUCACCCCUGUGCUGAACGCCCUCAUCUACAGCCUGAAGAACAGGGAGGUACUGCGGGCCUUAAAGAGGGGCCUCAUUGAUUGCAGUGGUCUGUUCCUCUUCUCCCUCAUCUUCUUCAUCUUCCAAAUAAGCCUCGUUCACCUUGACCCCGCCUUCACAAUCCCAUGGGCUGAAGGGCUUCUCCUGGCCUCCAUGAGGUACGACCCCUACGUGGCUAUCAGUAGCCCCCUGACCUACCCAGCUUUCAUGAGACGGAGGAGGCAUGGGCUGAUGGCUCUGUAG